AUGUUUUGUGAAGAACAUUCUUUACAACAUCGACAAGAAAUUAAACGUCAGUUUGAUGGUAUAUGUGAAAAACAUGCAUUUCUACAACAAGAUUUAAAUAACACAAAAGACAACAGUAAAUCAUCUGAAUUGUUUAGCGAAAUUGAUCAAUUCGAACAAGAAAUGAUGGAUCAGAUAAAAAGAACAACAAAAACAGCCAAAGAACGUUUAUUACAAAUGUUUAAAGAAAAAGAAGAAAUAAAAAAAGAAUUUAACUCGUUAACCAAGGAAUUACGCCUGAAACAGUCCCAGAGUGAUUACGAUGAAACCGAUGUCGACCAUUGGAAAGAAGAAUUAACCAAAUUGACAAAACAAUUAAGACAACUCUUAACGUCAAACGACAACAAAAUUGAUUGGAACACGAACAGCUCAAUCGAUUUAGCAAACUUAAUCCAAGCGGUUCCCUUACCUGCAUCCUCCCCGAAUCAAGAGCAACUAUUCACCGGUGGAGCACUACUGCACAAGGGACAUCAAUUAAAAUUAAACGAAUUUUACGGACAGACGAGCCAAAGGUGGCAUUUGAUUUACAAAGCAGAAAAAAACGGUUUUGCCGCUAAAGACUUUCACCGUCAGUGUGAUGGAGAAGGACCAACCAUGACUAUUAUUCAGUCCCAAGAAGGCAAUUAUCUAUUUGGUGCGUUCACCAUGGUCCCCUGGACUUCUCAGAACGGUUAUAAAAGAGACCCGAACGCAUUUUUAUUCACACUGACCAACCCGCACAACCUUAAACCUACUAAAUUUCCAAUCAUUCCAGAACAAAGUCAAUAUGCAGUGUAUCAUACAAAUACAAAUUUUUGGACUGAUUCAUUUUCUCAAUCAUCAUCUUAG